CCCGAACGUGCGGCUGUCGUGAUUGCCUCAGUCUCGCUUUUUCCUUCUCUUUUUCCUUCUAUUCUUUCAUUCAGUCAUGGCAGCAGAUCGAAGCGACUCGAGCGUGGCCAUUCUGGUGACAGACAUGGACUCUGACCCACAGCUCUCCUUCAACGACAAUGCAGCAGCAGCAGCAAUGCUCCGCGUGCAACAGGAGCGCGCGAACGGCGCUGACGAGUUCCGCCGGUCGUUUGAGCUGGCCACACGCCCCACGCCAGGCGAGGAGCUGGUCAUCCCGUUCCAACCGGACGACGACGACGACGACGACGACGAGGAGGAGGACGACAGCGAAGCCAACAAACCUGCCAAUGCUGCCGGCAGUGGCAAUGGAGCCGCCACAAACCACCUGCAGCUCGGACACCUGGGCGUCCGUGAGGAGAUUCGCAAGUCGUCAGCCAACCCUUUUGCGCUGUCAUGGAACCGCUUGACAUACUCUGUCACUGAAGUGCGCAAGAAGGAAAAGAUUGUCAAGGAAAUUCUCAAGGAGCAAACUGGCGCUGUGAUGCCUGGCCAGAUGAUUGCCAUCAUGGGUACUUCCGGUGCUGGCAAAACGACCCUGCUCAACGUACUCGCGGGUCGCAACAUCACCGGACAGAUUGGCGGCUUCAUUGCCCUCAACGGACAUGCGCGCAACAAGAGCUUCCGUCGCCAAAGUGCCUAUGUCGAGCAGGACGAUCUCAUGUUCCCCAACCUGACGACCAAGGAGACGAUUACCUUUGCAGCGCUCUUGCGUAUGCCCUCCAAGUACACCACCCAGGACAAGAUCCAACGCGCCAUGGACUUGAUUCGCCAGCUCGGUUUGUCGCAAUGCGUCAACACGCGCAUCGGUGGUCCCGAGCGCAAGGGCGUCUCUGGCGGCGAGCGCAAGCGCAUUGCCAUCGCCGUCGAACUCAUUACCAAUCCCAAGCUGCUCUUCCUCGACGAGCCAACGAGUGGUCUCGACGCCUUCACUGCCUUCCACGUCAUGGAGACGGUGCGCGCAGUCGCGAAGGGAGGCCGAGCAGUCGUGUGCACCAUCCACCAGCCUCGGUACAACAUUUACGCCCUCUUUGACAAGCUGCUGCUGCUGUCGCAAGGCGCGCCCGUCUUUUACGGACCGGCCUUGGACGCUGUUUCGUACUUUAGCAAGCUGGGCUACGAGUGCCCGCCCUUGACCAACUGCUCGGACUUUUUCCUCGACAUUGUCACUGUCGACACGCGCAACACGGAGGCCGAAGAGGCGAGCCGCGAGCGUGUGGCCUUCUUCCACCAACAGUACGCAAAGUCGAACCUCGCGAUCGAGGCCACAGCGGAGGUUGACAAGCUUCUUGGUGGCUCCAAGUCCCAUCGAGUGGAUGCGGUCGAAGAGAGCCACAAGCACACUCAGUGGAAUCUUCCUUGGCUGAUGGAGUUCUUUGUGCUCUACCGACGUGCCACAAUGAACUUUCUGCGCGAGAAGCGUGUCACGAUUGCUGCACUUGUCCAGUCCCUGAUCAUGGCGUUCCUUGGUGGCUUUGUGUUCUUCCAAAUGGGCCAUGACCAGAAUGCCAUUCAAAACCGUCAAGGCGCGCUCUUCUUUGUCUUGAUCAACCAGGCGUUUGGUGGCAUGCUGGGUGUCGUCAUGAUGUUCCAAUCGGAAAAGAGUGUCUUUCUCCGCGAGCGCUCCAGCGGCGCGUAUCGCGUGAGUGCGUACUUCUUGGCAAAGUCUUUGGCUGAACUCCCCGUCCAGAUGGCCAUUCCAGUCAUCUACGCGACAAUCAUCUACUGGUUGAUGGGCUUGAACUCGAGUGCUGCAGCCUUCUUUACGUUCGUCGCGAACGUCGUGGCUGUCAUCAUCUGUGCGCAAUCGCUCGGUCUGGUCGUUUCUGCUGCCGCUCCCAGUCUCGCCGUUGCAAACGCCAUCGCGCCCAUCAUUACGAUUGCCUUCCUGCUCUUCAGCGGCUUGUACAUCAAUUUGGAUGACCUUUGGGCUGGAUUUACGUACACGUUCCAGAAGUUGAGUUUCCUCUACUGGGGCUAUCAAUCGCUGCUGCUGAACGAAUUCACCGACUCGACCUUCACUUGCAACCCGAAUAUCUCGUAUCGAUGCCUCGACACUGGCGACAAGAUUCUCACUACACUCGGUGUUGGAUCGACCUCAGUCUGGGAGAACUUUGGCAUCUUGAUCUUGCUCACCGUUGUCUAUCGCUUCUUUGCCUACCUCGCACUCCGCUUCCUGAAGAAGCCCAAGUUAAAGCUGGCAUAAGCGAGAGUUGUGAUGUUUUAGAUGCAAAGCUUGUGUUCUGUUUUUGUUUGUUUCAUUAGUUUUGUUUGAGUCUCAUUAAAAAAUGAGAAGAAGAAAAAGAAGAAGAAAAUGGUACACGAA